AUGGAACCUGCAAAAGAGGAGACGGCUAGAGCACCUGCUACUAUCGCUUCUAGCCAAUCCCGGUACACGCCCAUACCCGCUACUGCGCAACAAAAAGCAGCACUAAGCAAUGAGGCACCCAUUCAACCUGCGGUUGUGUUUCCUGUUCUCUUUGAGAUAUAUCUCGCUCUAAUUCGGAAGCUCGAGAGUGGGUUCUGCCAAGACACACCACUGCCGUAUCGCGAGGUUAUCGGCCUUUUUGACAGCCCCGAAGAGCUUGCCUCACGACUUGUUGAUGCUGUCGAUCCAACAAUCCGACACUUACAAGGACAGACAAUCACAAGAGCCUUGUUAGACGAGGUUCGCGAAGCGCAGAUCAGGAACAACCUUUCUUGGACAGCAGACGAAGGAUAUCUUGACUAUGUCAUAGACGUACGCUUUGAUAAUUACUGGCGAAGUUACGUUGGACAGUCCAACGAUACACACCAGCGAGUUUCAUAUCAUAUCCGGCAGAUCAAAAAUGGUGCAUAUAAUACACUUCACUACUUUGUGAUCAAGAGAGGUGAGGGAUCGCGUGUCCCCAACUUCAUCAAACUGUGGAGGCUGGUCUUGCCUCGCAGUGUUGAUCCCGCUGUCAGAGAGGUAUGCAGCAAUGUGCUAGAGAUGGGAAUGACUCGAGCGUUUCAGUCACUCCCACCGAAAGAACUCGAAAACGCGUUUGGCGCUCCACUUGAGGGCGAGGAUGGCUUCUCAUUUGUCGGCCUCAACCUAAUUUCACCACUUCUCCAGGGAUCAUUCAUCUCGUCUUGGGAAAGGCAUCAAUAUUCUCUACAACUGAAAGGAUCAUUGGAUCCAGAUAUCCGAGAAUUCCCAAAUGUUCGCACAGAAUAUCACAAGAAACUCAAAACAGCCGAUAAUGGUGGCAUUCUUCGGAGAUACACCAAGGAAAUGUGUCAGAACGCGCUUUGGGCGGCGGCUGAUACUCAGCCAGGUCUGCGGGUACAUAUCGAGAUUUUCCAACGUCAGGUUUUUGAAGAUAAUGGCACUUCUCAAGGUCCUGAACAAGCAAAGGACGGCGAAUUCAAGUGGUUACAGGACGCCCUAGAUGAGCUGUCAGCGGCGGACAGUAAGCAUGUGGAAUGUUUGCUUCCUGUUGGAAACCGCAUUUCUCGCCUCGGAAUAGUCCUCAACGAAGGUGUCUGGGGAAAUCCUGGUAGAGAUGCUUCACCGGAUGCUUCAAUACCUUCAGCACUCGCUCAAUGUGGCUUCAAUGCCUCAAACAUUCUGCUCUGGACGGCUACGUUUCGUCGCCCUCUAUCUGUGGGCCCAGGGAUGCAGAUAUUUCCCGAUAGCCGACCUAUCAGUACACUUCAGCAGCUUAACAUGAGCCUCAUAUCGCGAAGCUUUGUAGAUGUUGUUCUAGUAUGUGAUGCCGAAGCUGAGAAAAUCUUGUUUGAAAACAACCCAUGGGUCAUACCAUUUAUGAUUCAGCUUGAUUCCUCCCACAAGUGGAGGUCUUGGAUUGAGCACCGACGCCAGCGCCGCUUGUAUAUCUCAUGCCCCUCACCACUGGUAGCUCUGUGGAGUGACCAUUGGCACAAGGCGGCGAGAGUUUCAGCAAUUUUCCGAUUUGCAGCCGUCUUUGCGGGGAUUCGAGGAAUUAAAUCUAGCGCCUGCGCUACAAGUCUGAUUGUACUUGAAGUCAUUCGUCUGUACGCGAGAGAGAAACAAGGAGGGGAGAAAGUUACGAUGCAAAACCUUGACCCACGUCUUAGGGCGUGGCUUGAAGUUUCUGGUUUUUCACAACAAGACGUCGAACUUCUUGAAACAUCGGCAGAGUCUCUAUCGACUGCGCUGCUUAUGAUACUCCUCUUACGGGCAGGCACUAAGAGAACUACACCAGAUGGAGCGAUAAAUCAAGCGUGUGCUCGCCCAAGGCUUCUUUCUUCUAAUCAGAAAAGAAGACGUGUCAUGGAUAGGACUCAGCUGGAGAAAGUCCGAGAAGUGUUGCAACAUGUCACUCAACGACAACAGACGGCUGCUGGACAGGCAGUAGAGCCUACCGGUACAUGUUCUGCAGAUUAUCAGUCUGUGAACAUUGAUAUUCAGCAUGAAGGUGAUCAGUUUGAAGGCUUGGAGAUCACAACUGAUGAAGACGGCGUGGUGUUAAACGCUUCCAUCCCUUUCGAGACUGGUUCUAAUCAGAAGUCAGCUACAUCAAUAUCAUCUCAUGAGUUGUCUUUACGGAUGAAGCUACUGCAAGGCACACAUGGACCCAAAAUCCACAAACACACAUCGAACAUGCAUCGAGCUUAUGUGACCCCUUGGUUUCCGUUACUGCUUUCUUUUGCAGACCACGAUACGUCUUGCAAAGAAGUGAGAAUAAAGGCUGAGAUUGUCAAUAAGAAACAUUCUUGUAUGUGGGCUUCGGAUGCUCGUGAUGACGAUCCAGCGAAGAGACUCGCAUUUCGUGUGACUUGCACGGGAGAAAACGGAUCUAUGUGGACUGUUUAUCCUUCUUGCACCGGGGAUUUGGCAGCCAAGAGAGCCAACAGCUUCGUGGAUUGGAUGGAUGGGCUUCCGAUAGAGGAAAUCAGCACGAGAGCCCGGCGAUUGAUCUCAUUUUCCAACACAAUGCACCUUCCGACGCUCUAUACUGAUGAAGCUGGAAAUUUGAUGAAGAGCGGAAUAAAGCGCAAACAGGAUGAAGUGAUUUGCUGA